AUGCUGGCGCUGGUGGCGGGCUUCGCCUCCAUCUGUGGCUUCCUGUUCGGCUACGACUUGGGCCUGAUCGGCGGCGCGCUGCUCAACAUCCGCGAUGCCUUUGGGAUCGGCGACUGGGCGGCGGAGGCGAUCGUGGGCGCUGCCAAGUUUGGCGCCUUCUUCGGCACGUUCCUGGGCGGCGCCGCCAUGCUGCGCUACGGCCGCCGCAAGACCAUUGCCCUGGACAGCCUCUUCUUCAUCGCAGGGCCGCUGGUCAUGGCGGCCUCCAUGGGCGUGGCGGGGCUGGUGGUGGGGCGCGUGAUUGUGGGGCUGGGCAUCGGCGUCUCCGCGGUGGUGGUGCCCGCCUACCUGGGAGAGGUGGCGCCCGCCAAGGUACGCGGGCGCGUGGUCGAGACGUACGAGCUGCUGCUGUGCGUGGGCAUGGUGGCGGCGCUGCUGGGAGACGCCGCCUUCCAGGGCCUGCCCGGAAACUGGCGGUGGAUGGUGGGCGCGCCCGUGGUCCCCGCCCUGGUGCUCUCACUGUCGCUGUGCCUGCUGCCCGAGUCCCCGCGCUGGCUGGUCAUCCGCGGGCGGCUGGACGAGGCGCUGGCCGUCAUCCACCGCGUGUACACCAGCAGGCACCUGCCGGCGGGCAUGCAGCACUCCACGGCGGAGGUGGAGGAGGAGCUGCUGCAGCUGUGGAGUUCAGUGGAGAAGGACCGGGCGGCGGCGGCGGCGCGGCAGCAGGCCAGCGCUGAGCGCUCCCGCCGGCGCCAGGAGGAGCGCGCGACCAAGGUGGCGCCGCUGCAGGGCGCGCCGGGCGGCGGCGGCGGCGGCGCCAGCCCGCAGCACAACGGCGGCUGGCAGCGCCUGCAGCCUGCCGAGGAGGGGGAUGAUGAUGAUGAGGAGGAGCACCAGGAGCAGCAGCAGCAGCAGGAGCCGUCGGCGGUGGCGGCGGUACAGGCGGGCGCCGCGGGGGUGCAGCAGCGGAUGGAGCAGGCGGUGCGGGGCACGGCUGGCGGGGAGGGGCAGGCGCGGGGGAGCAGCCCGGUGCGGGUGCCGCCCCACCUGCCGCACAUCCGCACCUCCUCCGCACAAGACCUGCAAGAGCUGGAGCAGGUCAGCCUGACCGCUCAGGGCUCCAGCCCGCAGCCCGCAGCAGCAGGACCGCAGGCGGCACCGCACGGCAGCCGCCGGCCACGCACCGACGUGGAGGCCCCGGCGGUACCGCCGCCGCUGGCCAUAGGCGGCGGCACGGCGCUUCGCCUGGAUGAGUGGGGCAGCGGGGCGCAUGUGCAUGCGUGGGGAGGGCCGGCCUAUGGCCCGGGCUCUCAGCAGCAGCAGCAGCAGCAGGAGGAGGAGGAGGAGGGCGGGGAGCGGGUGGCGGCGGCGGCGCGGGGCGGCGGCGGCGAGCCGGGCUUCUGGGCCACGCUGCGGCGCAUGCUGGGCGACAUCCACAGCAUGGCUCUGUGGCUGGCCUUCUUCAACCAGGCCUUUGCCUCCACCUCCAUCAUCAAUUACGCGCCGCAGGUGCUGGAGCGCGCCGGGGUGGAGAGCCACAGCGCCGCCAUGCUCAUGUCGUCCGCCCUGGCAGGCGUGCUGCUGUCGCUGUGCCUGGUGGACUCCCUGGGCCGCCGCCCGCUGCUGCUGUGGGGCAGCCUGGGGUGCGCGGGCGCGCUGGUGGCGCUGGCGGCCGCCGACUGGCUGGCGCUGCGCGCCUUUCCUGGUAGUUUCCACGUGUCGUGGGCGGGCGUGUUCUGGGUGCUGCUGUCGGAGCUGUUCAGCAUGAGCGCCAAGUCGCCCGCAGCCUCCGCCGCCACCGCCACACUCUUCCUAACAGGCGCGGUGGCAGACAGCCUCUUCCUCACGCUGCACGGCUGGCUGGGUCCCGCCGUAUUCCUCAUAUUUGCCGCGCUGGCGGCGGCGGCGGGGCUGUAUGUGGCGGCGGUGGUGCCCGAGACGCGGGGCAAGAGCCUGCAGGAGGUGCAGGCCAUGCUGUCGCUGCGCUGUGCGCCUGGCAGCCGCCGGCCGGGCCGGUGGUGGCAGCGGCGGCGGGGCGGCGGCGAGCGGCGCGGGCUGCUGCCGUCGGGCGCGCCGCUGAGCGACGGCGGCGGCGGCGAUGACGCUGGCAGGGUGGAGCUGGCGCAUAACCCCUAG